UGCCAUUUUGGAGAAUUACUUGUCAUGUUUCUCUUCACACUGCGGUGAUACAAACGUUGUGGAUCAUUAACAUUACCCCCAGUCGAGUUAAUCAGGAUGGAGACUCGCUUCACAAAGGGCAAGUCUGCGAUUUUGGAGCGGUCUCUGACCCGACCCAAAACAGAAGUCAGUGUCAGCGCCUUCGCGUUGCUUUUCUCUGAGAUAGUGCAGUACUGCCAGAGCCGGGUGUAUUCGGUCUCUGAGCUCCAAGCCCGUCUGGCAGACAUGGGACAAGGUGUCGGGGCUAGUCUUCUGGAUGUUCUCGUAUUGAGGGAGAAAAACGGGAAAAGAGAAACCAAGGUGUUAAACAUUCUGCUUUUCAUUAAGGUCUCGGUGUGGAAAGCCCUCUUUGGAAAGGAAGCGGAUAAACUGGAACAGGCCAACGAUGAUGAUAAGACCUACUACAUCAUCGAGAAAGAGCCCCUUGUCAACGCCUUCAUAUCGGUUCCCAAAGAGAACAGUACCCUGAACUGCGCCGCCUUCACAGGGGGUAUCGUGGAGGCUAUUCUCACACACAGCGGCUUCCCUGCCAAGGUCACGGUCCACUGGCACAAGGGCACCACUCUCAUGAUUAAGUUCGACGAGGCAGUCAUCGCCCGUGACAAAGCGUUGGACGGCAGAUAGAGAAGAGCAGUACUGACAUGGUGUGACCCUUAUACAGAAACCGGACUUUGGUUAUGAAAUGUGUGUGUGUGUCUGUGUGUGUGUAUGAGUGAUGGAGUUUAAUGU